GUAUUCAUGUAUUUGUCCAAAGUAUUCAGAGAAAAAUGGCAGAAGCCACUGAACGACUGCAGGAGAUGAUCUGCCAAAAGCAUGACAAGAUCCUUGAGGUUUUCUGUCGCACUGACCAGAAAUCUAUUUGUGUGCUGUGUAUGAUGGAUGACCAUAAAAGCCAUGACACAGUAUCAGCUGCAGCACAGAGGACAGAGAAACAGAGUUUCAGGUCUCUCUCAUUACUUCCUGCAUCUACAGACGUACCCGAUUCCUUCAGUACUGCCUUCUCUUUUGAUGGCCUGAGGGAAUCUGUCUGUCAGCUGGGAGACAAACUGGAGGAUUUCAGCAAAGAGGAGGUCAAGAAGAUCUCUGACAGAGUCACAUUCACCAACAUUGUCCCCUGGACGAGGAAUGACUUCCUACAAUAUUCACACCAGCUCACUCUGGAUCUGAACACAGUUAAUGAAAGCCUCCAUCUGUCUGUGAAAAACAGAGUGAUUACUUACACCGAAAUAGAGCAGUCGUAUCCUGAUCAUCCAGACAGAUUUGAUUACUGGGAGCAGGUGUUGUGUAGAGAGAGUGUGUGUGGACGCUGUUACUGGGAGAUUGAGUGGAGUGGUGUUGUGUUUGUAUCAGUGUCAUAUAAGAGCAUCGAGAGGAAGGAACCGGAUGAUUCGUGUUUGUUUGGAGGUAAUGGUCAGUCCUGGAGUUUAUUCUGCUCUUCCUCCAGAUGGUCGUUCUAUCACAACAGAAUAGAAAAUAGUCUUGCUGUGGUGCCCACAUGUUGUAAAAUAGGAGUGUAUGUGGAUCACAGUACAGGAACUCUCUCCUUCUACAGUGUUUCCGACACAAUGAGCCUCAUCCACACAAUCCAGGCCACAUUCACUCAGCCUCUCUAUCCUGGGUUUAGAGUUUGUUAUGGAUCAUCUGUGAAACUGUGUUGA